AUGCCAACGAGGAUUCUUCUAGGUCUGACUUCCAACGCUGCAUUCAAUGGAGAUUAUAAACUCAAUCCGUUCAAUUUCCAAGAUUUUAACCUCAAUCACUUGCAAUUGAAAAAAGAUGGAGAAAAUGUGCCAUCACAGCCACUGACUCCAGAUUUUUCUAAUGAUCUCUAUGUUGAGGCCUACAAUACGUUGUUCAGUGGUACGGGUAUUCAUUGGAAAGACGACGGGAACAAUAUCAGCUAUGGCGACUAUGCUAAAGGCACGACCCUCUAUGCUUUCGAUCUGACACCCGAUCUCUCAGCUAGUCAGCCACAUUGGAACUUGCAAAGACAUGGUUCCCUGCGCCUUGAUCUCCGGUUCGCUGAACCACUGCCCGUUGCUAUAAAUUGCGUGGUCUACGCAGAAUUUCAGAAUUUGAUUGAAAUCGACAAAGACCGUAACGUCAUUGUAGACUACGACGUCUAA